AGAUGGGUAUCGCCAACACUAGCUUAAAUAUUUCCUGGCAUCGCAUCCGAAAGGAAAUCUGCGGUAUAGAACAUCACUGAUGCAAACAAAGAACAUGGCCGAUAUAAAUCUUUCAUAUCGAAUAUAUUAAAACACUUUUCAUCUUCGUGUUAUGCGGCCUUCUAAUUUGGGGGGGAGUGAUCAUAAAAUAAUUUGGCCUUUUUCGUUUGGCAGUUCACAAACAUUAGCAAAGCUACGUAAGCACAUUAUUUGAAUAGCGUGACAGUCGAGCCAAUGCUAGCUCGCGCUUGGUUUAAAGAAAAAAAGCAAACUCGACAGUACAACGUUAAGUUUGCACUUAAGUGCAUUUCAGUCUGAUUUUGACCCAAGUCCAGAACUCCUCCUAAUUCGAAUCGUGCAAGCGGAAUCGGUGGGCCUGCUUGUUUUAACAAAGUAGGUUUUUAGGGCGAGGUAGAUUUCGUUUUCGAAAAGCUUCGGCGAACGGAAUAAGUGCAAACGGGCCAGUUUUCACCAAAAGUCCACUAGCGCGUAAAUUGAUGACCAUCAGCGUGACACUUUUUUUGUCAGGUGGUGUGCUGUCAGAUUAUUUCCCCCCUCAUGUAAAAUGGGCGCUUUAGUGCUUUAUAAAGGUUAAUAAAUAAUAAAUAAAGGUUGCGAAGAUCAUCUAGUUUUGUCACACUUGCCUUUCGUUUGAGUCACAAGGCGGCGCGUGACGUGGCGUGACGUGACUUUGUUUGAAGCCGGUCGUGACGUCACGGGCGAGGAGCGGGCGCGAACACGUGCGCGCGGAGGUUGGCGUUUCCCCACGCCGGGCAAGUCCGGACACAUCCCGGCGCGCGAGCGCUGCUUCACGCGCUCACGGAAGGCGCGCCGCUGAGCUCCGAUGUCUCUCCCGGCCCGAGUGAGGCGAGACGGGCUGCUGGAGAAGCGCAGCGGCGGGCUGCUGCAGCUGUGGAAGAAGAAGCGCUGCGCGCUGACCGACGAGGGGCUCCGGCUGCGCGGCUGCGAGGGUCCCGCCGCAGCCCGCGCCGAGUCGCCCUGCGCCGCCUGGAGCUGCACCGCGUCCCGCGCCGAGGAGCUGCCCUUCGAACGCAUGCUGACGGUGGACUGCGUGGAGUACAAGCGGGGCCUGGUCUACUUCACCGUGGUCAUGGCCGGCGGCCGCGAGAUCGACUUCCGCUGCCCGCGGGACGGCACGGCGUGGAACGCGGAGAUCGCGCUGGCCCUGGUCCGGUACAAGAACCUCCAAGCCGUGCGCACGGGGAGGAAGAGGCGCCUUUCGGCCGCGCACCUGCACGACGACGACGACGAGCUGUGACCGCGACUUUGGACUUCAGGAGAACUUCACGCGCAAAUACAGCUACCGAUUCGACUCGGCAAAUCGACUGCAGCAGUUUGAUAGUUUUGUGGCUCACUUUUUUUGCUCAGGCCAAAACAAUAAAAGUGUUGCUUUGGUGCCAUCUCGGUUCCAAGGACCGAUGUUGGAGUGAUUUGAGGAGCUUCGUGUGACACUUGAUCAUCUCUUAAUCGCAUGUAGGCAAUAGUAAACGUUUCGAGGUGGGCGCCAAUGCCUCAGAUUUUCGCUAUUCGCGGCAGGGCUCGGUCAAAAGAGAAAUGAUCCGUCGUCGUACACAACGAACGAACAAACAAACAAACAAAAAGGUUGUUACCGUAGUUGCAUCUAUCAGCAGGACACGCAGAGAAGUGUUUCUCAUCUAAUUUAGUGACAACAGAAGGCCAAAGACGGGCAUGUCGGCCAAUAAGAAACGGGACAAAAUUGCCUUUGUGCGCAUGAAAACAGAAUUGGUGAGCUGAAAAGACUCCAGAGUCGGGGAGUGCCUUCAAACAUCUCAAAUUGCGUGAGGACACACUGGAUGAACGAGAGUCCUCAAGCGUGUCGUGAGAUGUUCGGCCUCUUAAGUGCCAGCUUUCAUCUCCCCUCCGUUGCAUCUGGCGCUGAUCGCCACUUCGAGGGACGGACUGAAAACAUCCACGCUGUUUCCGACGAGGUGGCGCAGUUUUUGCAACGCGGCCUCCUCCUAUUGGGGCGUCUCGACGGCGACGCGGUCGUCCCGGCGAAAGCAAAAGUCCGCCCCGAGGCCGUUAUGAAGUUGCGAUUUAAGCUCGGGAAAGUCACAACACGGGCCGGCCUCUCCCUCGCUCGGCCGCCGAGUAUUUUUAAGCGCGCGCGUUUGUCUCCGGGCACUUCGCGUCGACAUUUGAACAUGUUAUCUGGAAGCCAACUUAACUGGAAUUGUGCCCUCGCUUAAACUGGAAACCAAGUCCUCCCUCAGUCCACCGCAGGCAAACUACAUCACAGACAAUUCGAGAGAUCCAAUAUGCGGACGGGAAAAUGAAACGUGCGAACUCUCGGGGCCAGCCGUGACAACAAGUGCGACUUAACUCCAAAACCUCGCACGUCUGCGACGCCGGCGUUUAAGUCUGAACUAUGACUCACGGGGGCAGGAAUCUGAAGCGGCGCUCCUUCAGCGAGCCCGGUAUCCCGGGCUCCCGAAUUAGCCGAGUAGCCGCGGCAACAGUGUCACGUCGCUGCCGUUAACGUGUCAUGUUUACGUUGCUAAAUAAGCUUCUGUUUUGA